AGGGAUAUUCUGCAGAGUCUGUUUGUUUUCAGAGGGGAAAAGGUUAAAGCACUGGGGAGGCUGAGUUUUCCUCCUACCCCUGCCAGCGGCAGCACGGUUAGGACUGCCCAGAGCUGUACUUAGGAAAGGUGUGUUCUAAUUAAUGGGAGUGUGCUGAGCUGCCCCUCAGCUGGAGCUCAGUGCGGGUGUGCGGAUACGGUGUGUAGGAGGAGUACACUUCCCUCUGCCAAUCCCUGCCUGCUGGAACAAAAGGAUUAAAGCAGCCACACAUCACCCUAGAGAUUAUUCCCUGGGAAGAACUUGGAGAACCGUCCCGGCACUUAAUUUUGUUCCUAUGUAACAUCUGUGAGAGCGGCAGCAUGAGGAAAUCAUCGUAUUCAGGAGCUACCAGGACCUCCAGCGGGAGACUUCGGAAAGCAGGUGACCCAACAAGUCCAACUCUGAAGAGAUCUUUUGAGGUUGAGGAGGUCGACCAGUCUUCAAAUUCCUCCACUCCACAAAGACGAACCCCAAACCCCCUCCUCAGGUCUGCUGUAUCCAGCUCCACGCAGAAAUUCCAGGAUCUUGGUGCCAGAAAUUCAGAACCAGCUGCCAGACAUGGAGAGUCACCGGGUCAGAGGUCGCCCAAGUCCUCCCUGAGGAGAGUGGAGCUCUCUGGACCCAAACUCCCUGAGCCGGUGUCCAGAAGAACAGAAAUCUCCAUCGAUAUCUCAUCCAAGCAAGUGGAGAAUUCCACUUCGGGGCUCUCAAGGUUUGGCCUCAAGCGAGCAGAGGUGCUGGGGCACAAACCUCCUGAGCCCACACCAAGAAGGACUGAAAUCACUCUAGGCAAGUCCCAGGAGCCAUCUCUCCGGAGGAUGGAAGCCCCCACCUCAAAGAUCCCAGAGAUGCCUCAGCGGAGAGCUGACACCACCCCCGCGCCCGAUGUCACCACCAAGCGAGUAGAAAUCCAGGUAGCGAAGGCUGCAGAGGUCCCAACCCCACCAGUCCGGCAGAUGGAGAAUUUGGAGCCUUCCUUGACCAGUCAGCCUCUCCAACCAGAAUCAAAGCCACAACCAGUAAUGGCUGAGCAUCCGCCAAAGAGCGAAGAAGGCACUGAGGUGGUUCCUAGUUACACACCCAGCAUGACGGAUGCCCCCAGAGACUCCGGCCUCAAACAGGCCGCGCCAACGCGGACAGAGAAGCCUGCUGUGGACUUUGGCUAUGUCGGCAUCGAUGCCAUCCUCGAACAGAUGAGGAGGAAAGCGAUGAAGCAGGGAUUUGAGUUCAACAUCAUGGUGGUCGGUCAGAGCGGCUUGGGGAAAUCCACAUUAAUCAACACUCUCUUCAAAUCCAAAAUUAGCCGGAAAUCUGUGCAGCCAACUCCAGAAGAGCGGAUCCCCAAAACCAUUGAAAUAAAGUCCGUUACUCAUGAAAUCGAGGAGAAAGGUGUCCGGAUGAAGCUGACUGUGAUCGACACCCCAGGAUUUGGAGACCACAUCAACAAUGAGAACUGCUGGCAGCCCAUCAUGAAGUUCAUCAAUGACCAGUAUGAGAAAUACCUGCAGGAGGAAAUCAACAUUAACCGGAAGAAGCGGAUCCCAGACACCCGAGUGCAUUGCUGUAUAUACUUCAUUCCAGCCACCGGUCACUCACUCCGACCACUAGACAUUGAAUUCAUGAAACGCCUGAGCAAAGUGGUCAACAUUGUCCCAGUCAUCGCCAAGGCCGACACGUUAACGCUGGAGGAGAGAGAGUACUUCAAGCAAAGGAUCACAGCCGACCUUCUUGCCAAUGGCAUCGACGUGUAUCCUCAGAAGGAGUUUGAUGAAGACCCUGAGGACCGGCUAGUGAAUGAGAAGUUCAGAGAAAUGAUUCCAUUUGCGGUGGUGGGCAGUGACCAGGAAUACCAGGUUAAUGGAAGAAGAAUCCUGGGAAGAAAAACAAAAUGGGGCACCAUUGAAGUGGAGAAUACGACACACUGUGAGUUUGCUUACCUGCGGGAUCUCCUGAUCAGGACACACAUGCAGAACAUCAAGGACAUUACCAGCAACAUCCACUUCGAGGCCUACAGAGUCAAGAGGCUGAAUGAGGGCCAGAGCGCGCUCUCCAACGGCGUGACCGACAAGGAGCUGGUGGCCAAUGAGAUGUAACCAUCCCACCCUGUAGCCAGGACCUAGCCUGCUCACGCUCGCUCUUUUUUUUUUUUUUAACCCCCUCCCCCUCUUUAUUUUAUAUAAUUCUUAUGCCAUCACCACCGUCCCCCCUCCCCAGCACUGCCAGUGUUAAUUGACCAAAUAACCAGAUGCCCUAUCUGUCGUGAAGAGGGUGGUGACUGCCAGUCCCCUGGCACUGCCCCUCUUGCAGUGCAGGGGUUCCGUUCUCAGCCCCCGUUGGGCGUUGUGAUGGGCUGCAGGGGGUGAAGGUGGUGUUAGGGGAGUGGAGAGAGAGUUGUCUCGAGGUGAAGUUGGCCUCCGUUUUCUGAUGCUAGCCCAAAGUGUAACCCUUGGCAUGAGUGGAAGAGCCUCAUCCUUGCUAUUGGCUUGCUCCAGCUUUCAGUAUGGAA